GCCUGCUCAAGUCAGGCGCAUAAAGCUAAGGAGGGGAGCUGUGCCCGCGAAGACAAGGAUUUUUAGACAUUUUGUUAGCAUAGCAAGUGUCCGCCAUGUUGCGGGUGUGUGAGAAACUCCGUGAGGCGGACGAGAAGGGCAGGAGGUACGGACUAGCCCGUGCAGAGACAGGCUACCUCCGUGCCCUGGUGGACGCCAUGGCCGACACGGACAGGCUGGCGGAAGUGGAGCUGCUCAAAACUCUGGGCGACGUGAACGUGGAGAAAGGAAUACUCGGGAAGGACGUGGGGAAGUUCAACACGGCCUUGGCGCUUUAUCUGGCUGCUAAAGUACGGUGUUACUAUGAAGAACAGGGAAACGUCAUAGAACACCGCUACCACUACACGGAGAGGCUUUUAAAAGGGCUGUCCUCCUAUCGCAGGCAUAUCCAGACGGCAAACCAUGACUCCGAAAAUGGAGACCUGGACGCAGCAGAGCAGAACCUAGCAGCCGCCCUGAAGCUUGUUCACGAUCGCAGUAAACCCAACAAGGCUAAAGAAGCCGACUGUCUGUGUAGGUUGGGUGACGUAUACGUUGAGCGAGGUAAGCGGACAGGAGAAGGUAGAAAAUUCACACAGGCAGCAGCUCUGUAUAACGCUUCCAUGGCUCGGACAGAUGGAGACAAGCAAAACAUGGUAACACGACUGCAAGAAACAGAAAGGCAGUUUCUUAAAAACGUAUGUAACCUUGACUGCGAACCGUGUCCGUAUAGUAGCGCGUUAGAGCACAUAAAUGAACUGGACAACUCGCGCGCCCGUGCAAAAUCUCAGCUCGAAACAAUUCAUCAGGAACACAACCCUUAUCAGUAUGAUGAAGACGAUCCCGUCGUGAGAGAGGUAGAGAUCAAACGAGCUGAAGCAAUAAAAGACUUGUUCAAGAGCAUCACAAUUGGAAGACAAGAGUUUAUCCAAGUACUGACAGAUGAAUGCAUCGCCAAACUCGGACCCCCUCCCUGUAAGUACGCUUUCAUCGGGUUGGGGUCACAAGCCACAGAACUGGUGACGCCGUACUCCGACCUGGAGUUCUCCAUUCUGAUUGAGGAGGGGAAGGAUGGUGAUGAUACACGGAGGUACUUCCUAAAUCUCACUCACUACUUACAUCUAAAAGUCAUCAACCUUGGGGAAACCAUCCUCCCAGCCAUGGCCAUCCCGUCACUCAACGACUUUCUCUCAGAAGACCCAGAGAAAGAUUGGUUCUUCGACUCCGUCACACCUCGCGGCUUCGCCUUCGACGGCUUCAUGCCAUGGGCUUCUAAGACUCCGUUUGGAAGAGACGAAACCAAAAGCAAACCUUCUGUUAGUCUCAUCCAGACUCCUGCCAAGUUGGCCGAAUAUCAGCAUCUGCAAAUCGCCCUGGCGGAAGGCUAUCACCUGUCAGACAUCCUCAGACGGGUGGCCUACUUAACAGGAGACGAGUCUUUGGUGAACGAUUAUACAGACAGAGUCAAUAAAAGUGCAGAUCCUAUUCUGUCACGGUUGUCAGCAUAUCUAAUACUGAUGGCUGAUUUACGGCACAUUGUAAAUAUCGAACCAACGGGACAGCUUUUGGAUGUGAAGAAAGAGAUAUACCGUUUCCCCAGCGUGGCCAUUGAUGUGUUAAGUAUUUGCUGUGCCUGUGGUAUUACGAUUCCGAGUGUGUGGAGACUCAUAGAAGAGUUACACAAGGCACAGCGGAUCAGUGACGAAGAUGCCCACCACUUGAUUGUACUGAUAAGCAUCUCAGCGGAGCUACGGUUAAGAACGUACAUUGCCAAUGGAGGACAGAAGGACAAAACAACGCCACGUGCCGACAUUGCUUCAUCACUUAACAACAUUGGGACAUGUUGGAGUUACCUUGGCGAUCAGAUGAAAGCUAUCAGUUAUCUAGAAAAGUCAAUGAGGAUGAGGAAAGCUAUCUAUGGCGAAACAACACCACAUCCCGACAUUGCGUCAUCACUACACAACAUUGGGGCAUGUUGGAAUGGCCUUGGUGAUCAGAUGAAAGCUACAAGUUAUUACGAACAGUCACUGAAGAUGAUGAAAGCAAUCUAUGGUGAAACAACGCCACAUCACGACAUUGCUUUACCCCUUAACAAUAUUGGGACAUGUUGGGGUGAGCUUGGUGACCAGAGGAAAGCUAUCAGUUAUUACAAGCAGUCACUCGAGAUGAGGAAAGCUAUCUACGGCGAAACAACACCACAUCCCGACAUUGCGUCAUUAAUACACAACAUUGGGGCAUGCUGGAAUGAGCUAGGCGAUCAGAGGAAAGCUAUCAGGUAUCACAAACAAUCACUCAGGAUGAGGAAAGCUAUCUAUGGCGAAACAACUGCACAUCGAUCCUGA